UCCAUGUUUGUAUGUUUGUUUGUAUGGUGUUUUAUACGUUACAUGGAACCGGUGGUUAUUCAGUAGUUAUUGUUUCGUGAUCAUACAAGCAAGACAACGAACUUUUUUGCAGUGAAGGGAAUUUUACGUUCCAAAGUAAAAUCUUUUCUUUUAUCAAUUGUGCUAUAAAUAUCGAGGAAUUUAUGUAGUUAAAUUAGCAUUUUACACUGUUCGUUUAAGAAACGAAUAAACGAAAAACUCACUCAAUUUUUAUAUUUUUUAAAAUUAUAUUUGUAGUAUUUGUAUGUGUAUGUUUUUAUAUUUGAUUUAUUUAUUUAUUUAUUUAUAAAAAAAAAUAAUGUCCUCGGAUUAUACCUGCCCCAAACGGUUAGACUUCCUCCUCAAGAUGCCGCCCAUCCCACGAGAGGCUUCACUCAAGCACGCAUGGAAUGCAGAAGACAGAUCGCUCAAUAUUUUUGUCAAGGAUGACAAAAUGACGUUCCAUCGACACCCUGUUGCCCAGAGUACAGAUGGUAUAAGAGGAAAAGUUAGUUAUACAAAAGGUCUCCAUUUAUGGGAAAUACACUGGUCUACUCGGCAACGGGGUACACACGCUAUUGUAGGGGUUGCCACUAAUGAAGCACCUUUACAUUCUCGGGGAUACCAGGGUUUGGUAGGCAGUAAUGACCAGUCAUGGGGCUGGGACCUAGGCCGAAAUAAGUUGUGUCACAAUACCAGGCAAGGCAACCCGGACAUUACUUAUCCUUCAUUAUUAAACAACAAUGAGACCUUCGUUGUCCCAGAUAAAUUUUAUGGUAAGUAGGUGGUUAUUAUUAUCC